AUGUCUGACGCAGAAAACGAAGUGGAAUGUCGUCGUUCAUCGCGGCGUAGAGAGAGUGCACGGCAACAGAGUCGACGAAGUGCACUAGAAGCCAUGAAAGAAGCUCGCCGCAGUGGAAAGGUACACCGAGUAGAUCUGGACAGCCUAAUCGGAAAUGUUUAUGAAGAAGUGGAUGAGGACGAAUACAACGAAAUCGUACGAAAACGACAGGCAGCAGACUUUGUCGUUGAUGACGACGGUAGCGGUUAUGUUGACCACGGAGCUGACAUUUUCGAUGACGAAGAGGAUGAGGAGGAUCUGUCAGAGAAGAGGAGCAAAAGGAAGAAAAAGGACAAGAAAGAUCCAACACAGAAAAAGGACCUUGGUAGCUAUUUUGCGCCAUCAUCGACACAUGUUCGGGGGAAAGUAAAGGAUGAUGCUGAAGUGAAAUUGGACGAUGACGAAGAUCUGAAGGACAUGUUGGCUGGAAUAAAUGAUGAGGCUCUUGAAAGUGACUUCUUCUCCCAAUCUUCGCCAGCACCAUUAAACAGCUCUAAGAGAAAUCCAUUUAAACGAGAAGCAUCGCCAACAAUUGCUCCACGAAAAGUGAAGGUAAUGAAAUUGGCGACGCCGACCGCAAAAAAUGCUCCGACGCAUCAAGCUCAGGUCGUUCCGCAAAAUUCCGUCAAAACCGAAGUGCAAAUGAAUGGUGAUGAUGACGAUGAUUAUGGGGCGCCGGACUUUGAUGAUUACUAUGAACCACCUCCUGUUGCUGUUUCGUCCUCUCCUAAGACAGCCAACAACUCGAAACAACUUGUUGAGUCUGCUCUUAAUACCGAAAUUAAGAAGGAGAUCGAGGAAAAGGUAGAGAAAAUGGAGGCUGAAGAAAGUGCUGAGGAAGUGGAAAUGAAGCUAGCACCAAAACCAACUGCUCAAGCUAUGCUCUCUACUGCUGACUGGGAUGACAGUCAAGAAAUAGAACAUGAACCUGUUGUAGAAGUAACUGCAGGAUCAGAGGCCUUUUACGUUAAGGAGGAUGGUCAGCAAAUGAUAAGGAUGUAUUGGUUGGAUGCUUUUGAAGAUCCCGUAAAGCGUAGUGGUACUGUAUAUCUGUUCGGACGUGUGAAUGUUAGCGGUAACACAUGGGCUAGUUGUUGCAUUACUGUGAAGAAUAUUUUCCGUCAAGUGUUCUUCUUGCCAAGAGACACGAAGCUCCUUCGAGGGACGAAUACGAACGAGCAAGUAAGGGAUGAAGAUGUGUUCGAAGAAAUAAAGUCGGUGAUGAAACGACAUUGUGGAACUGCUUCUUUCAAGUGCAGGCAAGCGAAAAAGCGCUUCAUGAAUGACGGAACGAUCUCAGGAGAGCAUUCAACGGACGAGGUCAAAGUAAUAGAAGUGCAGUAUGAGAGCAAUCAUCCGAAGCUACCAAUUGAUCUAUCUGGAGUAACGUUUUCUGCAGUGUUCAACACAACAACUACAAGUAUGGAGCGACUUUUGGUGGAGAAAUCGAUGAUGGGUCCUGGUUGGAUAGAUGUGACCAACUACACUGAGGUAACAGCGAAACAAUCUUACUGCGACUACGAGUUCAGCGUGGACAUGGAACGCAUGCGUAAUCUCAACUAUAACUCGGCUAUAACACAAAUCCCACCACCUGUUCGUAUGUUAGUGCUCAAUGUUCUGACAACGCUCAACGAAAAGAAGGAGAACGAGGUCUGCAUGAUAUCGACGUUAUUUAACCCUGCUUGUAAUCUGAGUAACCCAAGUACAGAUCAGAAAAAUUUACAUCGAUUAUGCAUGCUUACAAAACCUUCUGGCUGCACAUUGCCUUUUGACAUCAAGGACCAACUAAAUAAACGUGGCCUAUCCGACAUUGUGUUGACGGCCAGCAAUGAAAAAGCUCUACUAUCGCUUUUUCUAUCGAAAGUUCAUAAGUAUGAACCUGACCUUAUUGUGGGCCAUGAUUUGUCAGCGUCUAUUUCUGUGCUAGUAUCGCGUAUGGACAAGUUGAAAGUGGCGAAUUGGUCGAGAACAAGCCGCUUGAAGCGCACUAUAAACGUGGGAAAAGUGGCGCAUAACAAGGCCGGACAAUGGGAGUUAACGGCUGGACGAAUGCUCGUGGAUUCGAGGCUAUCGGCUAUGGAACUGGUAAGGUCUCGCAGUUAUGAUCUCAGCGAACUUGCAGCACAACUAUUAGGAGUAAAUCGAGAGAACAUUUAUGCUAACGAAAUAGGAGCAAAGUUUAGUUCCUCACAGUUACUUUUGAAUCUUAUUCAAUGGAGCUGGAUGGACCCCUGGUUCUCAUUGAGGGUGAUAGCACAAAUUAAUGCACUCCAGUUAGCCAUACAAAUUACAAAUAUAGUUGGAGGUGUUACGUCACGAACUCUCAUGGGAGGAAGAGCAGAACGAAAUGAGUAUCUGUUAUUGCAUGCAUUCAACAAAGCGAAUUUCAUAGCGCCGAAUAAGUAUCAACCAAAUUUUAAGAGGGGAAAACACGAAAGAGAUACUAAGGAUGAGAAUGUUGAAAAUAUUGACGAAAAUGAACCGGAGGGAAAGUCGAAAAACAAGGCACAAUAUUCGGGAGGACUCGUAUUGGAACCCAAGAAGGGUCUUUAUGACUCCCUUGUCCUUUUGCUCGACUUCAACUCUCUUUAUCCAAGUAUUAUUCAGGAAUACAACAUUUGCUUCACCACUGUUGCCCAUACAAAGGAUGGUGACGAACUGCCUGAUAUCCCAUCUUCUAGCCUUGCAGAAGGCAUUCUUCCAUGUGAAAUUCGUGGACUUGUAGAGAGGCGAAGGCAAGUCAAAAAAUUGAUGAAAGACGCACCGGAGACUAAGAAAAAACAGUACGAUAUCCGUCAAAUGGCGUUGAAACUAACUGCGAAUAGUAUGUAUGGAUGUUUGGGUUUCCAACAAUCGAGGUUUUACGCGAAACCGCUUGCGGCGUUGAUCACUUCGAAGGGUAGAGAGAUUCUAAUGCACACCAAAGAUCUGGUUGAAAAACUUGGAUACUCAGUAGUAUAUGGUGACACUGAUUCAAUAAUGAUCAACACUAAUAGCACAGACUUGAAACAAGCAAAGAAACUAGGAUUUGAGAUAAAACGUCAAGUGAACCAGUGCCACCGCCUUUUGGAACUUGAACUCGAUGGUGUUUUCAAACGUAUGCUUUUAUUGAAGAAGAAGAAAUAUGCUGCACUCACUGUAAACCCAGACAAUGAAUUGGACACCAAAAAGGAACUCAAGGGUUUGGAUAUAGUGAGGAGAGAUUGGUCACAAUUAGCGAAGGAGGCGGGAAACGUUGUUGUCGAUCUAAUUCUUGAUCCUAAGCUUUCGCGGGAUGAACUGGUGGCAGAAAUUCAUGAAUCACUGCAGAAAUUGAGAUGCAGACUCGACGAAGGCGUGGAUACGAAGAUGUUUGAGAUCAGCAAACAACUUACGAGAAAUCCCAAAGAUUACCACGAUUUGAAGUCCCAACCUCAUGCUGCUGUAGCGAUGCGGUUAAACGAAACUGGGAAGUUUUCGUUAAGGCACGGUGAUAUCGUGGAGUAUAUUAUUUGUGAGGAUGGCACGAAUAAUUCUGCAAUGCAAAGAGCUUACCAUCGUACGGAAUUAGAGUCAAAUCCUGAGUUGAAAAUCGAUCUGCACUACUAUCUUGCUCAGCAAGUUCACCCGGUUGUAUCAAGGUUAUGUGCUCCAAUAGAAGAAACGGAUGCUGUAAGAAUUGCUGAAGCGCUUGGGAUGGAUUCAACAUCAUAUCGUCGUUCGGCUGCUGCACAUGCGUCUGAUGCUGCUGCCGCUGAAGACGAGUGGGCCUGGCAAGGACCAAUCACUUAUGAUCACUGCGAGGGAUUGAAGUUCAUUUGUCCUUCUACAGGGUGUGGAAAUGAGCUGAACAUUAGAAAAGCAGUGGAAGAGCACGAGUCGACGUUCAAGAUGUCUCUGGAAACCUGUAAUAAGUGCGGCGCAGAAUUAUCACCUUAUUCUGCCUAUAUAUGCAAUAAAGUUGAGGAUACUCUGAGGGAAUUUGUUACUAAACAUCUCAUGUCGUGUUUCAGGUGUGAUGAUCCAGUAUGUGAGUUCCGUACAAGGACACAUUUGUUGAAAUGGUGUCGCGAAGGUCUUGAGUGCCCUAAGUGUACUGCAGGAGUGCUAAAAAAGGAGUACUCUGCCAAGGAUCUUUUCGAUCAGCAAAUGUUCCUGAAGCAAGUUGUUAAUGUGCAUGCGGCUUUAGCAGAGUUAAAAGCGGAGCAAAGACGUACCAUCCAAACGAAACCUGGUUUUACGUCAUUAAUGACGCUGUACAGCAACUUAUCAGCUAUAAUAGAUAGGCAUCUGGACAAAAAUGCAUAUAGCAAAGUUGAUCUCUCUUUUAUCUUUGCACCCAUGAUGAAAAUUGAAUGA